UAAUGAAAUGAUUGUAAUUUCAUUUGUACAUUAAGAAAGAUCUCCUCCGGCGAAGGUGGAGUGACCCCGUUGGAUGACGAUGCUGGCAUUCUGUGUACUGCGUAUUUUUUUGUGGCGUGGAAGUGAAAAAAAUAUGGCGUUUCGAUCUUUUGCUGUUUGAAAAUACCGCCCAAAAAUUAAGCCCCCAAAAACAGAAUCCUAAUUGAGACUCUUUCUGAAGGUACAGAAAGGAAUACUAUAUUUAUGCGCUUUAUUUUCUGAUAUUUCUUACAAUGGGUUUUUUUGUCUGUUUUACCCGACGAGCUGCCAUAAUCAGAUGAUUAGGUUCUACCAGUGACGACCUUACGUUGUGAACUUUUCUUCUCCACGAACCUGAAUUAUUUUAAUUAAAUUAUUAAAUGAACGUAAUCGAUUCAUAUAUUAUUUUGCCUUAUUAUUAAAGGAGAAGAAAAAUACAUGCGCGAAUGUACUUUAAUAAUAAAAAUAAUGGGUGUAAUCGUUUUCAACGUUUUGCUUAUCUUUAUUAGUAUUACUAAUUAGCCAGCUGCUACUGCCCAUUAUUUUCAAUGGGUCAGGACAUCGCGCGGUAACAGCUGAAUAUCUAUUUGCAUAUGGUGAGAUUCCAUUUUUUGUUCCAACGGGGUCCUCGUAGUGCAAAUGAAUGUGUGUGUAUAUAUAUAUAUUACGUAAGUGGUAACAUUAUUUUAAUAAAUUUUAUUUCAUAUCAAGUUAAUAUAUGUCUUCAUUUUCUAUCAAUUUUAGUGUCUACGUAAUAAAAAUUACCUCGAUUGUACGUAAUUUCAGCUGUUCAGAUUUUCUUUGACAUUUUUAUUUACUUAAGUUUAAAUCAUUGCUUGGUGUUGGCUUUCCAUAGUAGGAAAACACCGGGUCACACUUACCCGGUACUUACUAACUUCAACUGGUCAUGUUUGUUAUUUAUUUUUCCUAUGCGAUUUCUUAGGCAUCGCGGUCAUCGUUCUUGCGGCUAAAGAACUGGACAGGAUGACUCCUUUUACUCUCUCUCUCUCUCUCUCUCUACCGUCCUUCGUUCGGCGUACACGCACGUAAAAUUUUGAUAGGUAUAGAAAUGAGGUAUAAGGCGAGUGUACGUAUAAUGACAGUCUCUAACUGUGUGUUCUCAUUUCAGAGCGUUUGUGUUUCAAGCUCUUUGACAAUUCAAAGUCCGAGUACAAGUUCCAAAGGGGAUGGCAGCCGUCGUUUUAGACGGUCACUUGACGGUUUCCUAGCCAUGUCGCGCAUCACAAUUCAGCAGCUAACGCAUGCGUUCUUCUUUGUUGUUCUUUUUUGUUUUUUCCCCAGAGUUUUUAACAGUUGAUUUUGCAGUGUGCAACCUGCCUGUGUCAUCAUCCUAUUCAAAUCACCCAGCCACCAACCAUCCAUCGACCGGUCCCCUAUACCCCCUUGUAUUCCUAAUCCAUAUAUAUAUACAUAUAUAUAUAUAUAUAUAUAUAUAUAUAUAUAGACUAAUAUAUAUAUAUAUAUUAGUCAUUUCCUACAAAAAAAUAUCGUUAAAAUACAUACAGAUUUACAAUUUGGCGGACAGCGGAUAUAAGAUCUCAAAGUUGUAUACUUAUUGUAUCAGUUAUAAUAGUAUGUAGAAACAGUCAACUGCCAUAUAUACAUAUAUAUAUAUGCUGUUGCGUAGAAACAUAGUUGGUCUAAGCCAGAAGAAAGACAUGUUAGCUCGCGGAAGGUAUCUCGUUCCCAAAUCUGUUAUUAUUUCGAAAAAACAGAGCUAGUAAAAGGCUCGGUACACAUCUCUUAUAAGAAAUAACUUGAACAUUAUCGAUGAAAACAUAACCAAUAGCCCACACAUUUUUUAUGCCACCAUCAUCACUACAGCCAUCAGCACAACCAGAUGUUCCCCUGUUUUGGUUAAAUCAGUUGACGCUGUGCGUGGCCCCCUUUACGUUGGUGCUCACGUGAUCAUAUGUUCGUUCUGUCACUCGUCGUCAGACGUACGGUCAAGAGGGAGUCUGUUAACACGGAUUCGGAUCAGGGGGUUAUCCUCAAUGCGAACACGAUCAAGAAGGAGAUAGUCGAUGAGGUCGAGGAUGGAAACGUUGAUGAAUUUAUCACUCGAUACAAUAGCUACCUCAAUUCAAUGCAAAGCGCGAAGGGAAAGUUGGAUCUUGGGCAAAUGAGUCGGCCGGGCACUCAGGUACCUACGGAUAAUCAGUGCCCCAUCUGUAAAAAGUCCUACUCAACGAAGCAUUCAAUGAGACGACAUAUGCUCAUGCAUAAACCCUUCAAUAGGAGGUUCGAGUGCGUGAUCUGUCAAAAAAUGUUCAAUUGGCCUGGAAACCUGCGCACACAUCUUCAGACUAUCCACCAGAUGCGACCAGAGGAUUUCGAGUUCAAAAACUACAAAUUCCCUGAGCCUGAAGAGAUUAUUAUGGAGGCCGAGGCAGCUGGUGGUAAUCAGUGAUCAGUGUUAUUAUGUCCCCCGCAAUCGGCUACAACAAUGAAUCUAACUGCUACCGUUGCUAUUGACGUAGCUGUGACUACAAAAUGCGGCUACUGAUAGGCAAGUACUCAUUGCGCGGUAAAAGGAAUCGAUGGGAUGCCCAGCCGCAGUAACACAAAUGCUCCGCAGAAACCCAAAGGAGAGACCAUUAGAAAACAUACGAAAAGCGCCAAACACCAACCGAAAUGCGAGAGAAUUGGCGGAAGCGAGACAAUGAGAGGAACAAAGUGAAGGCAGAAAACGCGGAAAGACAAGUUACACAUAUUGGAAUUGGUGUGCCACAAGGACGGGCGGCACAUUCACCAAGAGCGGUGUCAAGAUGAGAUAGUUGCUUCAGAACUUUGCCUUUAUAUAU